CCCGGUAAACCGUAGGCAGAGAGGGAGGGAGAAGAUGACAACAAACGAGGGGCUGUGACAAACUGUUUCGUCGGAGUUUCAUAUAUCGUGGUUUAAAGAGGAGAGAGGCUAGCCUGGUUAGUAGUUACCCUAUCAAUCGGCGAUCAGAAAUGAGAGAUCUGAUCCUUGGGAGCCAGAAAGGCCAGCCAGUCAGCCAGCCAGCUUCGAAUUGAAUUUGGAAGGCUGUGGGCUUUUGAAGAGCUGGGCUGAUUCGGCUGAAUGCGAGACCUCCGUUCCAUUGUCUGAAGCAUCCGGGGCCAUUUAAGAGUGUACUUCAGAGAUCAUUACGAGUUGAUAUCCUCCACAGCCACAGGCGGCAGAAUUGUCACCUGCAUGAUUCAAUUUGAGGCAUCCGGGGGCAAAGAAGAAACAAGCAGAGGUGGUUGGAAGCUCAACUCACACAGUUAAGGAACGUCAAGGAGGGAGGCUCUGUUUCCUGCUGAAGAUCCGGACCAGGAGAACUCAGGCUGCAUCAGCAUCGUCGAGCGCGCGAUUGCGUGCUGACUGGCAGGGCAAACUAUGCUCGGACUGCAUAAAGAAAUAAGCUUGAAGGUGGAAUUGAAAUUACUGAACUGAUCAAUCAAUCUCCGUGGUAAUAGGCUAAAUAGUAAUUAUAGCGUUUUUCUUUGAUCUGAAUGUUCUCAGAGUUUUCAGUCGUAUGCAGACCAGUGCACUGUUUUUCUUUUUUUUCCUUCAUUAAAGUUAAAUUCGUCUUCCUCUGUUUUGCUUUUUAAAGGGCGACGGCCAUUGCAUACCUGUCUCGGCCUUUUGGCUAAAAAUAGAUCAAGUGUAGUAUCUGUUCUGAUCAUCAGUUUAAUAUCUGAUCUGUUCCGUGGUCCAUCGGGCCACAAAAAAAAAAAAAAAAAAAAAAAAAAAAAAAAAAAAAAAAAAGAUAUCAUCAUUGAGCUGAGCGGCCCCAGGAAUUCAACAUAAUUUUGUUCUCGUCAUCUGAUUGUAUCUGGAUUCGAACUUGGGUCCGAUUCAUAUUUCCACAGUUGGUGGGUGUACAAAUUGAGCUACGUAGGCCCGUUGGUGCCAGUGUGCACAGUUGUAAAAGGCAGAGUAGGACACAAUCAUAAUAACAGUGUUAGGGCAUACUCACACUAAAGAGUUUUUCUUUUCACCUCUCUGUGGACGUAAUAGUGCAUCCUGGCCAGGUCGGAAACGCGAUCAUAUGCAUUGGCGAAAGUGCUAGUGUGAGUAGUAGUGUGAGUAGUACUGAGUACGCCCAAUCAUGACUUCCCAACGCUCCCGAGGCGUCCAGCUAGCAGCCAUUGUCUACACGAUGCUGCUCUUCGUCUUGGCUUUUCAAUGCCAGAUCCCCGUGACUCUGGCUUGCGCACCUCUCGGUAAUCGCUGCGGACCCGCUCACUGGUGCUGCGACUUUACGGACACAGCAAAGCCAAUGUACUGCUCCUUUUCACUCCGGUGCGAAGAGUCGAAGCUAUCGGGAUAUCCCGCCCAGUUACGUGGAUUCUUACUUCAGGCUGGUGAUGAUUAAGUAAGGUUGUGCCAGUUGGGUGCCUGGCUAGGACUCGGGGUCCGUUACUCUCUUAAAGUUUGUGUGCGUGUGUGUUUACAUGUUCGCUAUAGUACACACCUCCACAAAAAAAAAAGCAUUACUGUGACAGACUGUUUAGUCGGACUUUUUUCACCGACUCAUCAGGAGGUUGAGCCACGACACU